AGGAAGUCGACGCUCGAUUAGCUAAUUGUUUACUAACGGAAAAUUCCGAUUAUAGCAGUUUAAGCUUCACUUUUUAUGUUUCUGAUUUACUUCUCAAAGAGCUCCAGAGGCACAACACUGUACAGUAAACCAGAAGAAGAAAAGAGGAAGUAAGCGCCCAGCAGAGACGGUGUUUAAACUGUGGUUAACUGCUACUAGUGGUGAUGAAAAGAUGCAGUUUGUUACCAACCAGAAUACACUUUGGCUCCAUAGUGUGGAACACUCCAGCACAUGAUCCCAACCCUGAGAUGAGAUCUUCAAUGCAAUAACAAGUUUUGAUCAGAUCUGACACACCUCCAUACUGCUUUAUUUUAUGUUAUAAUGAAUGUUGUUGGUAAUUCUGUCCAUUUAAAUUCCUCCUUGCAGACAUGCAGCAGCUGCUGGUGAGUAAAGAAAACGUUCUCCCUGAGCUGCAAGAAUGGAAUCAAAAUCUGGAUCAACCGGACUCAAAGCCUCCAAACAUUAAAGAGGAACAGGAGGAACUCUGGGUUGGUCAGGAGGGAAAGCAUCUUCAUGGCCUGGAGGAGGCUGAUCUCACUAAGUUCCCUUCCACUGCUGUCUGUGUGACGAGUGAAGAUGAAGAAAAACCACAGUCAUCACAGCUUCAUCAAAGCCGAAGAAACGAGAGCACAGAAGUGGAGCUUCUUUCCAGCAACUCCACUGAUCCCAGAACAGUGAAAACAGAAGCUAAUGGAGACGACUGUGGAGGGUCACAACCAGCCAGAGACGGGUUCCAACCACAUCCUGAUGACAUGCAGCAGUUGGUGAUUAAAGAAGAAAUUAUUUCUGAACAGCAGGAGUGUAAUCUGAGUGUUGACCAGGAGGACAUGAAAGAGGAACAAGAGAGGCUCUGGAUCAGUCAACACGGACAGGAGGUCCACCAGCUGGAGGAAGCUGAUGUCACCAAGUUCCCGUUCACCGCUGUGAAGCCUGAAAAACCAGAGUCACCACAGUUUCAUCAAAGCCAGAGUGAUGAGAGCACAGAGGCUGAUCCUGCAGCCAGCAGCUCGACCGUCCACAGAACACUGACAGCACAAGCUGAUGGAGAGGACGAUGGAGGACCACAACCAGCCAGCACCUCAGGUCCAAACAGUCCUUUACAAACAGAGACCAGUGACAGGAGCUCAGACAGUUCAGAGACUGAGACUGAUGACAGUCAUAAUUGGGAACAGGCGAGAGACCUUCAUUCAAGUUUUAACUGUCAGAAAGAAAGCAAUGUUUCAAAACAACACAAAGGAAUGCGAACAAGUGAAAAAUCAUUUGACUGUUCUGCAUGUGGUAAAAGAUUUGGACACAAGCGCAAUCUGAUCACACACAUGAGAAUCCAUACCGAACAGAAACCACUUGGCUGUUCUGAGUGUGGUCAAAGAUUUAGACGUAAGCACAAUCUGGUCAGACACAUGAGAAUUCAUACAGGAGAGAAAACAUUCAUCUGUUCUGACUGUGAUAAAAGAUUUAGACAGAAGAGUGAUCUAAUCACACACAUGAGAAUUCAUACGGGAGAGAAACCAUUUGUCUGUUCUGAAUGUGAUAAAAGAUUUGGACAAAAGAGCAGUCUUAUUUUCCAUCUGAGGAUUCAUACAGGAGAGAAACCAUAUGGCUGUUCUGAGUGUGGAAAAGGAUUUCGACAAAAAGGCCAGCUUAUUUCACACAUGCGAACUCAUACAGGAGAGAAACCCUUUGGCUGUUCCCAUUGUGGUAGAAAAUUUGGGGAGAAGAGCAGUUUUAUUUUUCAUAUGAGAAGUCAUAC